AUGGCUCAAGAAUAUAAGCUCAAGGGGCUCACAAGCCUCGAUCUGAAGCCGGGUGAGAAGAAAGAGGUCGAGGUUGAGGGCAUUGAGGAAGGGAAGGUGUUGCUCUGCAAUGUGGCCGGGAAGGUCUCAGCUCUGGGUGCCAAAUGUACUCAUUAUGGAGCUCCGUUAGUCAAGGGUGUUCUGACCGGCGAUGGACGGAUCACAUGUCCGUGGCAUGGAGCUUGCUUUAAGGCUUGGAAUGGAGAUAUCGAAAAUGCCCCUGCCAUCGAUGCCCUUCCAUCCUUCGCCAUAUCCGAAAAGAACGGCGCCGUCUACAUUACUGGCAAGGAAGAGAGCAUUAAGUCCAGCCGAAGAAAGCCAAAUCUCAAGGUCGUGGGCCCUCUCAGCGCGGAGAAGGUCGUUGUGGUCGGUGCUGGAAGCGGUGCGUUAGCUACCGUAGAAGCUCUCCGAGAGAAUGGGUUCAAGGGGUCUGUCACUAUGAUUGGGAAUGAAGGAUAUCGACCAAUUGAUCGAACAAAGCUCUCCAAAGCUCUCAUAGAUGACGUGUCGAAGAUCGCACUUCGAGACGAGGCUUGGUUCAAGGAUGGCUCGAUUGAUGCCAGCUUCAAUGACGAAGUCACUUCGGUAGACUUCAAGGGCAAGAGCGUGACUACUGAAAGUGGGAAAUCAUUUUCAUACACCAAAUUGGUUCUUGCCACGGGUGGUACACCAAGAAGUCUCCCGCUCCCGGGGUUCCAAGGCCUUAGCAACAUUUUCCUCCUCAGAAACAUCGGCCACGUCAAGCAGAUCAACGCCGCAAUUGGCGACGGCAAGAAGAAAAUUGUGAUUGUCGGAAGCUCUUUCAUCGGCAUGGAAGUUGCAAAUGCAGUAGCGAAGGGGAACGACGUAACAGUCAUCGGUAUGGAAAAGACACCACUCGAGCGUGUCCUGGGCGAAACUGUAGGACGGAUCACCCAAACCCUCGUCGAGGGCCAAGGAGUAAAAUUCUACCUCAACGCCGGCGUCAACAAAGCCACACCCCAUGGAUCAGACGCCUCUAGAGUCGGAGCCGUACACCUCAAAGAUGGCACCGUCCUGCCAGCGGAUCUGGUAAUCCUCGGCAUUGGCGUCAGGCCUGCCACCGCAUUCCUAAAAGACAACCCGGCACUCAAACUCCUCGACGAUGGGUCUCUGAAAACAGACGAGAACUUCAACGUCCAAGGCCUGAAAGAUGUCUACGCAAUCGGCGACAUAGCAACCUACCAAUACCACGGACCCGGUACACCCCCCUCCGGAGCACCAGUACGCAUCGAGCAUUGGGACGUAGCUCAGAACUCCGGACGUGCCGUGGCAGCACACAUAGCAGCGCCCUCGACGCCUCCAAAGCCCUUCAUCCCGAUCUUCUGGUCUGCGCUAGGUAAGCAGUUGCGGUAUUGCGGCAACACGGUUCACGGGUUCGAUGAUGUUGUGGUGACGGGCGAGCCGGAUAAGGGGAAAUUCGCCGCGUAUUAUACAAAGGGGGAGACUGUUGUUGCGGUCGCAACGAUGAUGACGGAUCCCGUUGUGUCGCAGGCAAGUGAGUUGAUGCGGAGGGACGCGAUGCCGAGGAAGAGCGAAAUACAAAUGGGGUUGGAUAUUUUGGCUUGUGAAGUCCCUGCUGAGACGGUGAUUCCGAAGGUAGGUGGCGGGCAGUGA